CGUCUCCACUUCAAAGGUAAAAAAGAAAAUUGGUUCGGGAAAGGAUAUUAUCUCAUGUCGACUCAGCAAGCACUACCCCCGGCGCCGCCCCCGGCCACGACAGCGUCGGUUGCCCGUGAAGAUUGGGUUGCAACACAAUCGCGGGACGAGAGGACCGCAGCCACGCCCGCUCCGACAGCAGGAGCAGACGGCAGCGCUACGGGAACAACAAAUCCGGGAGCUGUUACAACGACGACCGAGCAUCACGAGAACGGUAGUCCUGCAACACCUGCGGCCGGAGAAGCGCCUACUGAUCGUGGAACAAACGUUGCUGGACGUACGCGUGGUUCCGGAUCUUCGUCGCAGCCACAGACGAUUCAGGCAUACUGCAAAGAAAAACUUCGGGGCUUCGAAGAGACGCUUAGACGACAGGAAGUUCGGCUGUCCGGGGUACAGGAGACACUGCAAAGUCACACGUUGCGGCGAACCGAAUUGGAAACCGAUAACACGAAGUUCCGCACAGACCUGGAAAACUUGCGAACCGAAUGCAAAGACCACACGGACACCGAAAUCAAGCGAGUCGAGCGCGGCGAGUUCGAAGCAUUCCAGCGCCUCGAGGGGCGCGUCAAGCAACUGGAGCCAAGCGGCACGCAAGGGCGGGAAAAGGGACUGCGGGCAGCGCGACGCAGAAACAGCGAACAACUCCUCGAGAGAAAAGACAGCGGCGAUCGCGGGUCAAGCGUAGCAGGUGCC